AUGGUUAAAGGUGACGAGAGCCCAUCCUAUACAAAACAGCUGUUGGCCUUGUAUUCAUCCGUGUACAAAACAGUCCACUGUCCACUGGCCAGUGGUAAGGCAAGCCCGGUGUGGCUCGCGGACCAGUCGAGCGAAACGCAUUUUACAGUACGCUCAAAAAAACAGUAUAAGGCGCUUAACUACGGGGCUCUGGGAGUGGUGAUUGGCCACGAAAUCACGCACGGAUUUGAUAAUUCGGGUCGCGAGCGCGACCACGAGGGCAACCUGCACGAGUGGUGGACGGCCGAGACGGACGCCGAGUACGCGUCGAGGUCCAGGUGCUUCGCCGACCAGUACGAGGCCUUCGACGUGAGCCAGAUUCUGUCGCCGUACGAGAGGGACGGCGCCGAGGUGAAGAUCAAUGGAGUUGCAUCGAAGGGUGAAAAUAUUGCAGAUAAUGGCGGCACGAGGGCGGCGUGGCUGGCCUACAGGCGCCGCGUCGAAGCCUCCGGCGAGCGGCUUCGGCUGCCAGGACUCGAGGGAUACACGCAGGAUCAGCUGUUCUUCAUAUCCUUCGGCCAGCUCUGGUGCAGCCAAUUCACCCCUUGGUCCCUGAACUUCCUCCUCUCGACAGACGUCCACAUCCCCGGCGCCUUCCGGAUCAAGGGCGUCCUCCAGAAUCUGCGCGAGUUUUCCCACGCCUUCGGAUGCGCGGCGAAUGCCACUUUUAACCCCGAGAGAAAGUGUGUCUUGUGGUGAUGUUGUUGACUUGGCGUUCUACGAGAGGUUAUUGUUUGUUUAAAUAAGGGAAAAAAGAGUUUGUGUUAUGUGGAUUUUUUUUUCUCUCUCUUUUUGUUAUAAAUACUUUGUUUAUAUUUUUAUAAAGAGUUUGUCUGUUUUUAUUUUUUUUUUGUAAGUUUUUAUA